AUGCUAAUGGGCUGGCAAUCCCCCAUGACACCAAUCCUGCAAGCAGAAGGCGGACCGGCUCCAGAACCGAUUACAGACGAAACCAUCUCAUGGAUGGCGUCAGUUACCUUCCUCCCCCCGAUCUUCUGUGGUGUCUUUGUGGGAGACCUGGCUGACCGUUGGGGGAGGAAGACCACAACCAUGCUUACUUCUUUAAUGCUAGUGAUCAGUUGGGUCAUCACACUCUUCUCUCUCCGUCCCUGGGCACUGAUAGCGUCACGUGCCGUCGCGGGGCUCGCUUGCGCUGGCUGCUACGUCGUCACUCCCCUAUAUUUAAAAGAGGUGGCCUCAGAUAAGAUACGCGGUGCACUCGGAUCUCUGUUCAUACUAUCGCAAAAUCUCGGCUACCUCAUAGUAUACGUGGCAGGCGACGUGUUCUCCUUCGACGCGGUCAUGUGGAUUUGCACUGCUAUACCCGUCCUACACAUGUUAGUGUUCAUGGCUAUGCCUGAAACUCCUGUAUUUCUAGUCAAGCAAGGAAAAGUGAAGGAAGCCCGCGCUGCGCUCGCAUGGUUGCGGAACACGACAAUCGAUGACAAGAACCUUGAGGAAGAAGUUCAAAUCAUGGAGAGGGAGGAGGAAUACGCUAGGAGCACGAAGAAAGCCUCUUGGAAAAGUAUUGUGCAAGACAAAACAACAUUCAAAGCCUUCAGAAUCGCCGUUAACGUGAUGCUCUCACAAGAAACAUGCGGCUAUCUAGUCGUUCUCAUGUAUGCGGGGUCCAUAUUUGAACAGGCUUCAGAGUCUAUCAGCUUGAAGUUGAGCCCCAAUAAACAGACAAUCGUAGUGGGAGUUAUACAGCUCUUAGGAUCCAUUGUGGCGAGUUGCAUCGUUGAAAAAACUGGUAGAAAGUGGCUUCUAGCAGGGACAUCCUUCGCCACGGGACUGUCAAUGCUGGCUCUCGGUGGAUGGUUCUACGUAACGUCACUCAGCGUGUGGUUGCCGGGCUGGUUGCCUGUAGUUGCCAUGUGCCUCUGCAUCUUCGCGGACGCGGCCGGCUACCAGCCCGUACCAUAUGUCAUCACAUCUGAACUGUUUAGUUUCCAGCAUCGUGGUAUGGUAACAUCGUUCGUGAGCAGCGUCGACGCACUCAGUGACUUCCUACAAACAAAGGCGUACGAUCCUCUCCUGAAAUUGCUCGGCAUUCAUUGGGUUUUCAUACUCUUCUCUCUGGUCUGUUUCGCUGGAACAUUCUACACAGUUAUGUACGUGCCGGAAACUAAAGACAGAUCUCUAGAUGAGAUAUACGCCAUAUUGGAUGGACGGCAGAAAGAAAAAAGGAAAGACGUUGAAAGUGGGAAGGAGAUGAGUAGACUGUCUUACAGGUCGAUCAAUGGCAGGGGUUGUAGCAUU